AUUAGUCGACCGAUUCCACGUUUGUUGGUAAUACGCGUCGGGUAAAAAAAAAAAGCCCAUCGAUCAUGAGGCUGAAAACAGCAGGGAUAAUAACUCUGCUACAAAUAGUAUUAUAUGUGGCUAAUCCAAGUGAUGCCUGGCCACAUAGCUGGCAUAACGGUCCCAUAAAUUGUUACAUCUGCACCAGCCCGGAGCAGUGCUCGGCCAGCACGGGCCAACUGCAAAAGUGUGAGGAUAACGAUGCUCAGAGCUGCGUGGCCGUCUUCGAUAGCACUGGAGCGGUCAUUCAGCGUGGCUGCAGCGAUAGCCUGGAGGCCACGUGCAGCGCACAGGAUGCCGACUGCUACGAGUGCCGUUCGCAUGGCUGCAACAAUCUGAAGGACAACAAGCAACUGAUUGAGUGUGUGCUGUGCGAUGCCCAGGAUGACGAAAACUGUGUGUUCGACAUUGAGCUGGUGACAGAGCGACGAACCUGCAAUGAGAAGUGCAUCACAGCGCUGUAUCCACGCACCAGCGACAAGGACUCGCCCUUGGAGCUUGUGCGCACCUGCCUGGACGAUCUGGACCUGGACGAUCGAGAGGAAUGUGCGGCGGGUCUUUUCGCCAACUGUGUCGCCUGCGACAGCGCCAGCUGCAAUCAAGCUGAGCUCGGCGUGCGCGGCAGCUGCAACGCCUGCACCGGCGGCAACUGCGACCGGCCGGAGUCGAAGACGUGUCGCGCCGUUGUUCCCAGCGGCGCGGAGCAGUGCUUCAUACAGCUGGACGAGAGCAACAAGAUCGAUGAGUACGGCUGCUUCAGCCAGUACAACGUGAGCGAUGCCGCAGCCCUGCAGAGGGAGAAACGCAUCUGGACCUGCUCGGGAGAGAACUGCAACGUGCCCUCGGCUCUGCCCACACCCAAAUAUUGCAAACUGUGCAGCUCGCGCACCGACAAGAACUGCGCCGUCGACCCGAGCAACUUGCUCACCGAAAGCGAAUGUUUUCAUCCCCUGAACACCGAUUGCUAUACCCUGCUCCGCGACGAUGGCCACACGGAACGUGGCUGCCUCACCAGCCUGGACGAAGAUGACUAUCUGGAGUGCUUGGGCGGCAGCAAUGCCACCAAGUGCAGCACCUGCAAUGGCGAUGCCUGUAAUGUUCAGCUCCAACCUGCUGAUCGUCUAACGUGCCACAUCUGCGACUCCAGUGUGGACAGCAGCUGUGAGAAGUCGCCCAAUGCCGCCAAGCUCUGUGUGCUGCACUCGCCUAAUCAGAGCUGUGUGACCACGCUCGAUAAGCAGGGCAACACGCUGCGCGGCUGUGGCGGCGAACUGGACUGCCUCAGCUCCGACAGCGCCAGCUGCCAGCGCUGCACGGGCAACAACUGCAACACGGCCAAUCUGGCCAGACGCGCCGACGGUCGUCCUGGUCUGUGGGGCCAGGAGCUGCCGCUAAGCUGCCUCAACUGUAGCGACGCCGCGAGCUGUGCGUCCAGCAGCCUGGAGAGCACCGUCUGUGCCAGCAAAUCCGAGUAUUGCAUGACGGUCUUUGAUGCGAGCGGAGCGGUCAGUGCGCGCGGCUGCAGCAAUGUGGUAGAGGCGUCGUUCAGCUCGUACUGCGAUGCCAACAGCGAGAACUGCCACAACUGCAACUCGAAUGGCUGCAACAGCGCCACAUCGCUGGACAGCUACACGGAGUGCGUCUACUGCGAGGCUGGCCAGAACGCCGACUGUGUGACGAACCCCACAGCCGUGACGGCCAGACGCCAGUGCAACGGCCAGUGCAUGUCGGCAUACAAGCCGCGGAAUAGUUUGGGUGUGUAUGAGCUGGUGCGUGGCUGCUUGGACGACAAGGAGCCGGAGGAUCAGCAGCUGUGUGCCUCAGGCGGCGACAAGGAGUGUGUGGCCUGUACAGGCAACGCCUGCAACACGAACGAUCUGAGCAAAAGCUCGCUCAGCUGUUACGCGUGCAACGAAGAUCUGGACUGCCAAGACCCAGCAACGGCCGUGUGCCUCAACUACAGUCCCACAGAUCGCUGUUAUAUGCUGUUCGAUGAGACGGCCUCGGUAACGGCGCUCGGCUGUCAGUCCGAUCUGGACGAGAAAUUUAUCGAUGAUAAUCUAGAGAAAUUGAUUUUCUGCGAGGGAAACAAUUGCAACUUCUUUGACAUCGUGCCCAGGCCCAACGACUGUGCCGUCUGCUCCUCAUUUGAUGAUGUCAACUGUGCCGUCGAUCCCACGCAGAUCACGCGGUUCGAGACGUGCAACGUCCUGCCCAACACUCGCUGCAUGACCCGUGUUCUCACAGAUGGCUCAACGGAGCGCGGCUGCUUAAGCAACUUGGCCACAGCUGCGCUGAGGGCCUGCCUGAAGGGCGAGGGCAACUGUGAUUUGUGCGAAGGUGAUUUGUGCAAUCAGGAGAUCUAUCCGGCGGAUCGUCGUCGCUGUCAGCGCUGCAACACGGUGCAGGAUCCCACAUGCGGCUCUGCGCCGAAUGCUGCCAGUGUCUGUCCGCGGUACGACGAGAGCCAGGGCUGCAGCGUCAAGUUGGUAAACGGCGAAACCUACAGAGGCUGCCAGUCGGAGUUCGAGUGCGACGAUUCGGACAAGCAGUACUGCCGCAACUGCAAGGGCGACAACUGCAACGUGGCCGACCUGGAGCUCAUCAACAUUGGCUAUCCGGGCAAAUGGGUGACGCCGCCGAUCAAUUGCUACAUCUGUGCGGGCGUCAAUUGCCAGGGCAGCGGUUUGGGUGCCCUGCAAAAGUGCCACGACAACAAUCAGCAGAACUGUGCGACCGUCUUUGCCAGCAAUGGCUCGGUAGUGCUGCGCGGCUGCACCGAUCAGCUGUAUGAGGAUACGGAUCUAACGCAAUAUUGCGACGAGAACUCCGGCAAUUGCAAGUUCUGUAAAUCGUCGGGCUGCAAUAAUGCCCAACAGCUGGCGGACUAUGUGGACUGUGUGCUGUGCGACGGCAGCGAGCAGGCUGAGUGUGUGCGCAGCAUUGGUGACGUGAAGCGUCAGGUCUCCUGCCAGGGCAGUUGCUUUACGGGCCUCUAUCCGCGCAAUCGAACUGAACUGGAUUCGCCACUGGAGCUGGCGCGCGGCUGCCUGGACGAUCUGGACUAUGACGAUCGCUUGGCCUGUGCCGAAGGCAGCCUGGAGCAUUGUGUGUCGUGCAGCGGUGCCGCCUGCAACAAGGAGGCGGUGCCCGAGACCCGCCUGAGCUGCAACUACUGCGACGACGAGAACUGUGAGACGGUCAGCUCGCACACCUGCACCGCCUACAGAGCGAACGACGAGUGCUACAUUCAUGUCGGAGAUAGGCGCAUCGAGAGCAUGGGCUGUGCCAGUGAUCUGCAGCGUUCCUUCCUGCAGGCCAAUCGUCGCGACCUCUACCUAUGCAGCGACGAUAACUGCAAUGUUAAGGAUGUUCUGAAUCUAGAUGGCGUCAUCUGCAAUGUUUGCAAUUCCGGAACUUAUCCAAAUUGCAUCCUAGGUCAGUCCGUGCUCGCCGCCCUCUGUGAACAUUACCUGAAUCCCGAAUGCUACACUCACAUCACCGAAGAUGGCGUUUUACGGCGAGGCUGCCUCAUGGACACAGCCGACGACCUCUACGACGACUGCCUGAGUGGCAACAGCUCAACUUGUCAGGUCUGCGACUCCCACUAUUGCAACAACGAGGUGUUCCCCCCGGAUUGGCAGAGCUGUCUGCGCUGCGAUUCCAGGGAUGACGCCGACUGCGAAAGCAAGCCCGAGGCCUAUGCCGGCUACUGUCCGCUCUAUGAGGCUGACGAUGGCUGUGUGACGAGUCUGGAGGAUGGACGCACGCGUCGCGGCUGCAAGUCGGAGAUCUACUGCGAUCCCGGCCAGGUGGCCAGCUGUCGCAUCUGCGAGGACGCCAAUUGCAAUGCCGUCGAUUUGGGCAGCAGCUAUGUGGGCGAGCCGGGCAAGUGGCAGGAUUUGCCAUUGGACUGUCUCGUCUGCUCCGAUCUGGAGAGUUGCGCGAGCGUGAGCACGCCCACGACCUGCCAGGGCGACAACAAGCAGCUCUGCAGCACCGUAUUCAAUGCGGAUGGGCAGGUGAUAGCCCGCGGCUGCAGCAAUGCGAUCUUUACCGAGCACCUCGACUACUGUGAGGCGAACAGCAGCAAGUGUCCGCAGUGCAAGUCGAAUGGCUGCAACAAUGCCAAGAGCCUGGACGACUAUGUCGAUUGCUAUCAGUGCGAUGCCGAGCAGGAGCCGAGCUGUGCCUGGGAGACGCCCAAGAAGACGCGCCAGUGCCAGGGCCAGUGCAUGACGGGCAUGUAUCCACGCAGCUCCGCCGCGGACUCAGCGCUGCUGCCCACUCGCGGCUGCCUGGACGAUCUGGAGCUGGCUGACCGCGAGCAGUGUGCGGCGGGCAACCAUGCCAACUGCACAGCCUGCACCGGUGCUCUGUGCAAUACCGGGGAUAUCAUAGAGACGCCGCACGAGUGCUACAAGUGCCUGGAUCCCGAGUGCGAGGACAUGGAGAAGGCCAGGUGUGUCGCCUACAGGCCGAACGAUCAGUGCUACUUGGCAUUCGACAGCAUGAGCAUCGUGGGCAUGGGCUGCGUCAGUGACUUUGAGACGCAAGUGGUCCACGAGCUGGUGGCUCAGCAGCGUCUGCUGAUCUGUGACGGCCUGAACUGCAACCAUCCCGACAUCAUACCCAAUCCCAACAGCUGCCUGCAGUGUAAUUCCCUGACUGAGCCGCGCUGUGCCACCAAUCCCAAUCAAUUGUUAACCACCAGCAUCUGCUCCAUGAUCCCCUACACCCAGUGCGUCACGCACAUCGAUGCCGCUGGCACAACCUCACGCGGCUGCGUUUCGAACUUGGACAGCGACGAAUUCUAUGGCUGCAUCAUGGGCACCUCCGACAACUGUGAGGUGUGCACGGGCACCAACUGCAACGGGCUCACCGUGUUUCCCGCCAAUCGACGUCGCUGCCAUCAGUGCGACUCGGCGAGCGAUGCCAGCUGCGCGUCAGCGCCCAGCAGCAGCGCCGUCUGCCCCAUUUAUGAGGCCGAGGACACGUGCGUGACGACGCUGCUCAAUGAGGUGACCUAUCGCGGCUGCAGCUCCAGCUUGAGCUGCUCGGAUCCCAGCAAUCCGAGCACCUGUCGCGUCUGCAGCAGCGGCAAUGACUGCAACACGAUCAACCUGGAGCGCUUGAACGAGCACGGCUCGCCGGGCACCUGGCAGGAGCCGCCCAUUAGCUGCCUGAGCUGCGGCAGCGCCAGCGAGUGCGCUGCGGGCGGCGGCCAGUUGACGCAGUGCGUCGGCAAGGACAACUGCGUUACGGUCUUCGAUAGCAUCGGCGAUGUGGUCACCGCACGUGGCUGCAGCAGCGAUCUGGAUGCGACCAGCGCCGAUUACUGCGAUGAGCAGCCCGACAAUUGUCCGCGCUGCAACUCCAAUGGCUGCAAUGUGGCCAACACUCUUAAGGACUAUGUGGAGUGCCUGGUGUGCGAUUCGAGUGUGAAUCCCAACUGUGUCCAGGACGUGGCGACCAUCACCCGGACACGCUCGUGCCAUCAGCGCUGUGUGUCCGCCUUCCUGCCCCUCUUCGAUGAGGCCGAGAAUCCGAGCUACGCUCUAUUGCGCAACUGCUUUGAUGAUAUUGAGGAGGCGGAUCGCCAGACUUGCGGCACGGACGCCAACAAGUUCUGUGCCAGCUGUGCGGAUGACAAGUGCAACACGGCGGAUCUGGUGGCCACACGGCACAGCUGCCUGCAGUGCCGCUACGACGACUGCCAGGAUGCCCAGCCGGCCGUUUGCUCCAACUAUCGGGAGAUCGAUGAGUGCUACAUUGAGUUCGAUGAGCAGCGCUCUGUGGUGGCUCUGGGCUGCCUCAGUGAGCUCAGCCUUGGCGACAUUUACGUGCUGCAGCUCUCGAAGCGUCUAAUCCGCUGCGCGGACAAUAAUUGCAAUUCGAUAGAGUCGCUGCCCGAGCCGCAGACCUGUGUCCUGUGCAGCUCGCGCACGGAUCGCAAUUGCGCCGUGAAUCCGAGCAACGUGAACAGCGCCACCAGCUGCCAGCUGACGGGUCUGCCGGAGUGCUAUACCCGUGUGCUGGACGAUGGCGCCACGGAGCGCGGCUGCCUCUCAAGCCUGGAGGAGGACGAGUUCCUGGGCUGCUACAAUGGCACUGCCUCGGGCUGCGCCUCCUGCUCCGGCGACUUGUGCAACAAGGAGCUGUACCCCGCCGAUCGCACCUUGUGCCACAUUUGCAACUCGGAGGCCAAUGCCAGCUGCGAGUCGGCGCCCGACAGCCUCUCCGUGUGCCCCGUGUACGCCGAGGGCGAUUCGUGUGUGACCAAUCUGCGUGCCGGCAUCACCUACAGAGGCUGCGCCACCGAGCUGAGCUGUGAGCCCAACUCGAAGACCUGCGUCAUCUGCCAGGGCAACGGCUGCAAUGUGGCCGAUCUGUCGGCCCAAACGGACGACAAUCACGGCUGGUGGCAGGAUCUGCCCCUCACCUGCCUCAGCUGCGAAGGCGCCGCCUGCCAGCAGGAGAGCAGCAGCCUCAGCACGGAGCGCUGCGCGGACAACAACGAACAGGAUUGCAUAACCGUCUUCGACGCGUCCAAUGUGGUGAUCCGCCGUGGCUGUGAGGAUACCAUCGAUGCGGAUGAGCAGCUCGCCAGCUACUGCAGCAGCAACAGGGCCCAGUGCCCGCUGUGCAAGUCGAACGAGUGCAACAAUGCGACUGAGAUCACGCAGUACAACAGCUGCAUCUACUGCGACAGCACCAAGAGCAAGUCCUGCCUGUGGGAGCCGACGAGCACGGCCCAUCGACGUCGCCAGUGCCAGGGCCGCUGCAUGUCGGCGCUGUUUGGCAGCGCCGAGGCCGGCCUGGAUCUGGUGCGCACCUGUCUGGAUGACAAAGAGCCGGCGGAUCAGCUAAUCUGCGCCAGCGGCAACGACGAGCACUGCGUGGCCUGCGCCGGCGAGGACUGCAAUGUCCAAGCUGUGCCCGCUGACCGGCUCAGCUGUUAUCACUGCGAGGGCGCCAGCUGCGAGGAGCCGACGAGCAGACAGUGCGACAUCUACAAGCAGGACGACAGCUGUUUCAUCUGGUUCGACGACACCAACAGCGUUCAGCAGUCGGGCUGCCUGAGCUCGUUCCGCAACCAGGAUCUGGAGAGUGUCAUCAAGACGAAGCGCAUCUCCGUUUGCCAGGGCGACAACUGCAACGUGCUGACCAACAUCCGGCACGUGCUCUGCGCCGUCUGCGACUCCCGCGUGGAUCCCACGUGUGCGACCACGCCCCUGGCCAUCGAGAGCUUCCAGACCUGCAGUCAGCUGCCACAUACGCACUGUGUGACCAGGCUGGAGAACGAUGGUGCUACGGCCCGAGGCUGCCUCUACGACCUGGAUCAGACUCAGUUUGCUGACUGCCUGCUGGGCAACAACGAGAACUGCACAGUCUGUGCACUGGACGGCUGCAAUCGCGAGAUCUUCCCGGCCAAUCGGCUACAGUGCUACGGCUGCAGCUCGGCGGACGACAGCAGCUGCACCUCCGAUCCCGACCAGACCGCGGUCUGCCCCUGGGUCAGCGACACGGAAACCUGCCAAACGAAACUGGAGAACGGCGUGACGACGCGCGGCUGCAGCAGCGCCAUCGGCUGCAGCAGCAGCGACUAUCGCAACUGCCGCAGCUGCUCGGGCAGCGAGUGCAACUCGAUUGACUUGCUGAACCGCGUGGACGACGGACAGCACGGCCUGUUCCAGCCGUUGCCCCUGAAGUGCCACGCCUGCGAGGGCGAGCACUGCCACAGCUCGUUGGGCCCGGCCGUGCAGUGCAGCCUGAAUAUCGAGCAGGACUGCAAGACGGUGUUCGAGCUGGAUGGCGUGACGGUGCGCCGGCGCGGCUGUGCCGACGAUGUGGACGACUACGAGGAUCGCUAUUGCCGCCGUAAUCCCGAAUUGUGUGUGAGCUGCAAGUCGAACGAGUGCAACGUUGCCUGGAGCACAGCCGAGCUGACCAGCUGCAUCUACUGCAACUCGACGACAAAUGCUCAGUGCGUCAGCUAUCCGCAGAGCACAGAGCUGAGCACACGCCAGUGCCAGGGCAACUGCCUGGUGGCCCUGGUGCAGACGACUGUCAUCCGCAGCUGUCUCGACGACAAGGAGCCCUUCGACCGGCCGGUCUGCAGCGAUGAUGGCAGCGGCACCACCUGCGCCGCCUGCGCCGGCGACAACUGCAACACAUUCCCUUACCCAGCGGACCGUCUCAGCUGCCACGUCUGCUCAAACAGCGACUGCACCGCCAGCCAUGCGGAGUACUGCACCGCGUACGUGGCGAACGACUUCUGCUUUGCCAAGUACAAGGACGGCAAUGUGGAGCUGUUGGGCUGUGCGAGCACCCAGAGGAGCUCCGAUCUGGAUGAGUGGCGCUCGGCGAACCAGCUGUACGAGUGCAGUACCAAGGACUGCAAUGUGCUGAGCGGCCUGCCAAGCAGCAGCAUUUGCGUGGCCUGCGACUCGAGCAAGACGCCCAGCUGCGCUCAGGCGCCCACCGAGGUGGCCACCACGGCAACCUGCCACGCCCCCUUGACGGACUGCCUGACGCGACUGCAAGAGGGGCACACCAUACGCGGCUGCCUGAACAGUCUGAGCAGCAGCGAGGGCAGCGCCUGUGUGGCCAACGGCACCUGUGUGGGCUGCGCCGGCGACAAGUGCAACGCCGACAUAUUCCCCGACGGCCGGCUCCGUUGUCACAUCUGCAAUUCAGUGGCCAACGAGGACUGCAGCGAGGAUCCCAACCACCUGGCCGUCUGUCCCAUCUAUGCGGCCGACGACGCUUGUGUCUCGUCCCGCGAUCACGAUGGCUACAUCCAGCGCGGCUGCAGAACCCAGGUGGAAUGCGACGUCAACGACAGCGAGAACUGCAUCCAGUGCUCCGAAAUCGGCUGCAACACCGUCAAGUUCAAUGGCGCCGCUGCCCUCGGCGGCAUUGGCCUAGCACUCACGCUCGCCUGGUCGCUGAUCGUCAGCUACAGCGGCAACUGAGCCACCCAUCGAUACGCCAUGCCAUAGCAUUUAAUUAAAAUAGUUGUACAUACGAAACAAAAACAAAUCUAAAUAAAUUAAAACGAAAAUA